AUGAGUGUGAAUAUGGAGGCGCCGAUAUGUUUCUCGCAGUUCUUUGUUGAUAAACAAAAUGUACGAUCAUUCUCUAAUAUUCUCAAACCUAAAUUAUUAAAAAGUGAAGAUAUGGUUUCUUUUCUUCUACAUGUAUUCGAAGAACCAAAUACACUAAAGGAAUUAUCAACAGACUUUUUAACUAUAUUAAGUGUUGUGAGAUUGAAUCUUAUAAAUAAAUGUACACAAGAUUUUAAAGAUUGUUUUCCCUGUGAUCCAAAUAUAUUACCGCCGUUUUUACAACCAGUAAGUAAAGAAUAUAUUUAUAUAAAUUGCAUGAGAGCAUUGAAUGAUAUUAUUCCUAGGCAUUUCACUGGAAGUAGCCAUAAUAUGAAGAUUUUUGAGAAGUUAACGCAAACAAUAAUUUAUAAUAUGAAAAGACAACAUAUUAGUCUUCAAAAGGAAAUCGCGAAUUGGAAUUUUUCUGUGAAGCCUUGGAAAUCCAUUCGUGAAACCAGUUCCAAAAAAGUUUUACAUCAUUUACUGAUGUGGAUUUUUCAGUAUAUUUUAUCAGGAAUAAUUUGCUUGAAUUUUUAUGUCACGACUUGUAAAAUAGACGCUGAUGACAAUAAACUCUAUUUUUUUCGAAAACGAGAAUGGCAAAGUUUUUAUGAUAAAAUGAUAUCAAAUAUGAUAUUAAACAAAAUAAUAAAAAGAUGCGAGUCUUAUUGUUCUGGUAAAAUGUGUAAACGAAAUUACAGUUAUAAUGAGAAAGCUAGAUUGAAAGUAAUCAGGAGAGAUAUACCAAAGUUACACUUGGUAUUAAAAACAAAUCAUAAUUACCGACCAAUUGCCAAGUAUAAAAAUAAUGCUUUAACGACAUCAGAAAAAUAUAAAAUCAAAGAUAGGUUGCAGUUUCUUAAAAUAUUGACUGCUAAAAGCAGUAAAAAAACAGAAACUGAAUUUUUAAAUAUUUAUCACGAUUGGGUUAACUUCAACAAACCAAAACUUUAUUUUGUAAAAGCAGAUCUUAGUAACGCUUUUGGCUCAAUAAAUAGACAAGCACUAAUGAAAAUUCUCGACGAAAGAUAUUUGAGAGUUAUAAAUAAUGAUAAAUACUUACGCUCAAGAGAAAAACUGAAGCAGCAAUAUAAAGAUAUGAUCUUAGAAAUAGCCAAACCGAUUUUAGUUCGCGCCGGCUCCACAGUUUUCGAAUGGAAAGCGGGCCUAGUGCAAGGAUAUAAGUACUCGCCGGCGCUUUCAGAAUUAUACUACACCCAUAUGGAUGAACUAUAUUUUCAAGAGCAUCUCAAGAAAUCGAAAUCUCAACUACGGUUAUUCACAAGAGUUGUAGAUGACUAUUUAUAUAUCACAGAUUCGCUAAGAGACGCUCAAUCAUUUUUACAGGCAAUUUCACAAUAUAAAAACGUUAAUUACGAUAAGACCGUUGUCAAUUUUAGCCACCCGACAGUUAAAUUUAGCGAUGAAAUAACUUUUCUUGGUUAUACAUAUGAUACAAAAAUGAUACAAGUAAGAAGAGCUAGCAAUAUUUAUCUCGGUCAAAUGUGCUAUAAAAUAAGUUUUACACAAGCUGUAUUAAAUAUUAACAAAUUCCUAGAGCAGCGUAUUGGUCAGUCCAGUAUCCAAAUAAAUUCUCACAUUUUUAAUCUAUACUAUAAUAAUGAAGAAGCUGUCUGGGGUCACAUUUUUACGACUUUUUGUUUGUCCGCGAAUAAGUUUUGUACAAUUUUAGCUAUUUGCGAAGUGAACGAGAUGAGUAGUUAUUUAAUACUUUACAAAGAGCGCGUAACAGUUCGUCUUAGUAAUGCCAUGAUAGACAUGUUAAUAAGGUAUAAACCAGUUGAUUUACCUUUUGUAUAUUGCAUAAAUCACUUUCGUUAUUUGUCUUGGAAGGCUUUGUACUUGUGCGCGCAGAAAACUUCAAAAUGUAAUGGGCUGGUUCCAAUAAUAAAUGAUGAAUUGGCUAAAGCUAAUUGUAUGUUUGGCAAGUGGAAGGAGCACGCGAGUAGGGUUGGCAGUAAUGGUGCUAGUUUACGUCCGGCUGUGAAGGAAGUGUGUCGAAGGACAGAUUUGAGGAUCGUUAUGAAAGGAUUUAGUACUUUGCCUGAGGGUUUCCAAUGUUAUAACCGUCGUAAAAUAAUGGGCGGUUUUACAUAAACUUAUGUACAUUAUAUACACAUAUUUGAUUUCUUGCUAGUUAAGUUUUAAAAAUUAUAAAGAUUUGUAAAUAUAUUACCUUCAGUGUAUAAUACAAGUGUCAGGCAAAUUAUUUUAUAUAGAAAUCUUUAGUAUCUUAUAUUUGAUUAGUUUAAAAGCAGUUAAUCUGUUAGUUAUUUUUU